AGCUGUGAUUCUGUCAGUGUAAACUUCUGCUUCCUGCUUGAAAAAUGUCCCACUUUCUUCUGAUUUUGUCGUCCAUAAUCGUGGUCUGCAGGGCCGCCGUGUGUCCGUGUGAGAGUCCGGAGCUCUGUCAACAGAUCCGCGACGAGAGAGACUUUGAGGUGUUUGUGUUUGACGUGGGUGGAAAGAUAUGGAAGUCCUACAACUGGAGCAUGGUGACCACAGUGGCAACGUUUGGAAAAUAUGAUGCAGAGCUCAUGUGUUACGCUCACUCCAAAGGAGCACGAGUUGUACUUAAAGGUGAUGUUCCCCUCUCCUACAUUGUGGACCAACACAACAGGACAGAAUGGAUAACAGAGAAGGUCAACUUGGCCAAGAAUCAAUUUAUGGAUGGGAUCAACAUCGACAUUGAACAAGCAGUGGAUCAGGGCUCACCCGAGUAUCACGCUUUGACAGACCUGGUCAAAGAGACCACUGAGGCCUUCCACAGGGAGAUCCCAGGUUCCCAGGUCUCAUUUGAUGUUGCCUGGUCACCUAAUUGUAUUGACAAGCGCUGCUAUGAUUACGUGACCAUCGCUGAAUCCUGCGACCUGCUGUUUGUGAUGUCCUACGAUGAACAGAGCCAGAUCAUGGGGGACUGUAUCGCAAUGGCGAAUGCCCCACUUUCUCAAACACUGAAUGGUUAUGAUCAGUUUUUGAGUCUGAAGAUUGAUCCAAAGAAGCUGGUGAUGGGAGUGCCGUGGUAUGGCUAUGACUACCCAUGCCUAAACUUUUCCCAGGAGGGAGUAUGUUCUCUAAUCGAGGUUCCUUUCCGCGGAGCCCCCUGCAGUGAUGCAGCUGGAAAACAGAAACCAUACAAGUGGAUCAUGAAGCAGGUUAACAGCUCAUUGUCUGGCAGGCUCUGGGACGACAAGCAGAAAGCUCCUUACUUCAAUUACCAGUGUCUCCCUGUCAGCCGCAGAGCAGUUCCCAAACCAGGCAGUGAUGAGGAUGUCAGUAUGCUGUCCAACCCACACCGUUAAAGGAAGUCAGGACAGCAGCCCUGAGGCCAGCCUGCUUCAGCCUCCUCAAAAAGUACAGGCAUUGGUGGGCCUUUCUUAUAAUG